GAAAUCAGAAGAUUUCUCGAAUGAACUAGGCCUAACCAUAACCCAGUGACGCCCCUGUCAAUCUUGAACCUGACAAUAAUUUAUAAUGAGUGUUACCUAUACUCUAUAUAAAAACAAAAACUCAAACAGAAACAACACAAGACAUCGUUCCAAUUUUUAUGUAAGUUCACCAUCUCAACGUUCACACGCCCACCAUAGGUUCACCUUGACGUGACAUCACCCUUGCCAAAUAUUAAAAUUUAAUUAUUAGGCCUAGAUCUAGACCGAGAUUAGACUAUUCGGCAGAAAUUUGCGGCUCGGAACUUGUCGGAAGAGAGAGGGAUCGACGAUUCACUGUUGUACGGCUAUAGGCUAGCGGCAGGCCCCAGCCAGUGUGGUGGGUCAAAUUGCCUAGGCCUUGGCCAACACAACACACAACAGGCGUUCCCGCUGUGCAAGCGAUGCGGGAAUGCGAACCCACCGACAGACUGUCACAAGCAGCGGCGGAUUUUGUUGUGUGCGGCGGCGGGGUGUGUGCUCAGUGCUCGCUCGCAUCUUGCGCAGUAGAUCUAAUCGGUCCUGUACUGACAACUGAGUGUCAUAGUGAUUGAAUUGGGACUGAAUUUAAUAACAAAAAAACAACGAAAGACGGAAGCAUUGCUAGGCGAUGUCAGGCAGAAGAUUCUAACAACUUCUUGGUGGAUAUAUUUUUGUUUCUUACUGUGAAAGCCAUUUUCGACUCGUAUGGUUGAGUGUGUUGACGAUGUUUUGUCGAGAGUUUUUCCGAGUCUUGAAUUUGAACUGAAGCCAAUAAGUCAUACUUCAGUUGUUGACUUGAGGAAAAUGUUGCUGUUGGCCUGAUUCAUCCUGACAUCCAGAGACCUCCCAUUAUAAAUAAAGGACUGUUGUGACAAGUUCUUUACGGAUAUAAAUUACCAGUUUCUGAGAAUUUUGAGUGUGUGACGGAGAUACGGUGAGACUGGUGAAGCAGCCAUGGCAGGAGCUAAGCCAGGAGUUCACCAGGUGCAGCUGAAGCCCAUUACGGUGCCAGAGACCCUUACCAAGGGCAACAAGUUCAUUAUGUUCAAUGAU